GCUGAGAAACCCAUCUACACUGAUGAGAUGUUCCAUCGAAGGUUUAGGAUGAAUUGUCCUUUAUUUCUCCGAAUUGUUGAAGCACUAGGAAAGUGGGAUGAUUAUUUUACUACUAAGUACGAUGCCAUGGGAACAGAGGGACUGUCACCCCUUCAAAAAUGUACUGCUGCCAUUCGUAUGCUAGCGUAUGGCACUCCGGCAGAUGAACUUGAUGAGAAACUGAAGAUCGCACAAAGCACAGCACUUGAGACCCUUGGUAAAUUUGCUGAAGGAAUUAUUGCGGUUUUUGGAGAAGAGUACUUAAGGCCUCCAACUCAAGAAGAAGUGGAACACCUUCUACAAAUUGGAGAAUCUUGUGGCUUUCCUGGUAUGCUCGGAAGCAUAGAUUGUGUGCAUUGGCAAUGGAAGAAUUGUCCGGUAGGGUGGAGAGGAUCCUUUACUCGUGGAGAUAAAGGGGUACCAACCAUGAUCCUAGAGGCGGUAGCAUCGCAAGAUCUAAGGAUAUGGCAUGCUUUUUUUGGAACUGCAGGAUCGAACAAUGAUAUCAACGUGUUAAAUAAGUCACCAUUGUUCAUUCAAAAAUUGAGGGGGGAAGCUCUAAGAGUUCAAUUCGAUGUAAAUGGAAAUCGCUACUACACGGGAUAUUAUCUUGGCGAUGGAAUAUAUCCCGAGUGGGCUGCGAUCAUGAAAACAAUACCAAGACCUCAAAAUGAGAAGGAUCAACAUUUUGCCGCUCGUCAAGAAAGUGUAAGAAAGUGUGUGGAGUGCGCAUUCGGCGUCCUGCAAUCCCGAUUCAAUAUCAUACAUCGUCCGGCAUGUUUGUGGAGGAGAAAAGACGUCGUGAACAUAAUGAUAUGUUGUAUUAUAUUGCACAACAUGAUUAUUGAAGAUGAAAAAGAGGAGGCCAAAAUCCAUAUCGAUUUGAGCACAAACCCGGGAGCAUCCAUCGCAUUGCCACCCGAAGUGAGCACUCAAGUUAAUCUAUGCUUUGAGGACGUGCUACGAAGAAAUUUAGAAAUUCAAGACAACUCAAAGCAUACCGCCCUCAAGAAGGAUUUGGUGGAACAUAUAUAUGAGCGAUAUGGAAAAAAGUAA